UCUAAUACUGGUUCAUAUAAUUUCUCCCCAUUGACAAAUAUUUCAUUUCUUUCAAUCCUUCCAUAUAUUUAAUGGCAUCUGAUUCAGUUUCAUCCAUUCAAAAGAGCUUUAAAUACGAUGUUUUUUUGAGUUUUCGAGGAGAAGACACCCGCAAAAACUUUGUUGAUCAUCUUUAUCACGCCCUUAAUGAUAAAGGCAUUAUUACUUACAAAGAUGACGAAAGAAUCGAGAAAGGGAAAAGGAUCAAUGACCAACUCAUCAGAUCCAUUGAAGAUUCGAAAUGCCACAUCAUUAUUUUCUCCAAGAACUAUGCAUCUUCAUCUUGGUGCUUAGACGAGCUGGUCAAGAUUAUGGAGUGCCAAAAAACAAAGGAUCAGACUGCUUAUCCCGUCUUCUAUGAUGUGGAACCCACUGAAGUCCGCAACCAAAGUGGGUCAGUCGGAAAAGCCUUUGCAAAACAUGUAGAGAAAGAGGGUUCUCGGAGAUGGAGAGAUGCUCUGAAAGAAGCAGCUGGUUGGUUGGGUGGGAGUUGAAAAACACUGUUGAUGGGUAAUCCUUCAUCUUAAUUAUU